AUGCUCUCUCACCUUAAAACUUUUGGUUGUGUUUCUCAUGUUCUUGAUGAUUCUAUUACUCGUAGCAAACUCGAUGUAAAAUCAAUAAAAUGUUAUUUCAUUGGCUAUGGGGACGAGGCAUUCAGUUAUCGUUUUUGGGAUGAGCAGAGUAGGAAAAUCAUUAGAAGCAAAAAUGUGUUGUUCAAUGAGAAAGCUAGGUACAAGGACAAGUUUGGCACAGAUGCUAACACAACUCCUCAACAUUUAGAAUUUGUAAGUUCAGAGGACUUUCCAGAAGUCAUGGUACAGCACAGGGACAUGAUUGAUGAUGAAAGUGGGACCAGUGCUUCCAUCCCUAUAAUUCCGCAGUCAAACUCAGAACUGUCCACAUCUACAACUACAAUUCAGAGGUUCACUAGGACCAUUCGACCCCCACAACAUUUUUCGGCCACUUUGAAUUAUAUUUUACUGACAGAUGGAGGAGAAUAG